AUGCAGAGAACUGCCGAGAUAACACAAUAUAGCCGAUCCUCUCACCUGCUCAUGUCCCAAGAUGCGAACUGGGAGGCCACGAAGCGGCAAAUUGCAGCUGUUGGAUGUGAUGGAUCAAAUAGAUGGACCAAGCACCAACAUAAGGCCAGGAACUUCGCGACAGUUGAAGCAAGGGCAAGUUACGGCAAAAGCGAACUGCCCGUGUCCCACCAGUGCGGAGAGCUAAGCUCACUUGGCGUGGCAGCUUGUCUUACACACUGCUUCAGAUUCGACCAUGCGCCUGGAUCAAGACAGUUGGAAUGA